UCGAAAUCGACGACCCAAAGGAAUAGUAAAAAUGCCGACCAAUCAACCAAAUACGAAAAUUGAUAUGUGGCCAUGUCCCCACCACCACCAUCACAAGUACCUUUUCCCCGAAGUUUACCCACCCAAUCAAAACGCUUCUCCUUCUUCUUCUUCACUUCUCUCUCUCCUUCAACAAAAUUUUCUACCUUUGUUUCUCUCAGAUUUCAUAAAAAAAGAUUAAAUUUUUCAUUGGAAUUGGUGAGGUACAGAGGAUAAGCGAUUAUGGGUUCCAUCUCUUUAUCCUAUUCUCUGCCCAUAACGCGACUUCCACUACUUACAUCACUCAAUCAUCAAUGCUUCCUUCCGAUUUCUUCUUCAUCUUUCCCUCUUCUUCCUCUCUCUAAUCGUCGUCGCUCCUCCACUUUUUCACCGUCAAUCGCCGUCUCUGCCUUCUUCGCAGCUCCUGCCAGCGUUAAUAAUAACUCUGUUCCGGCAAAAAAUGGAGGUUACACUGUUGGGGAUUUCAUGACACCGAGACAGAAUUUGCACGUUGUUAAGCCCUCAACCUCGGUCGAUGAUGCAUUGGAACUUCUGGUUGAGAAGAAAGUCACGGGAUUGCCUGUAAUUGAUGAUAAUUGGACACUGGUUGGUGUUGUUUCUGAUUACGAUUUGCUUGCACUGGACUCCAUCUCUGGCCGCAGUCAAAAUGAUACAAACUUGUUCCCUGAUGUUGACAGUACCUGGAAAACGUUUAAUGAACUCCAGAAACUGAUCAGUAAGACAUAUGGAAAAGUUGUUGGAGACUUGAUGACACCAUCUCCUCUCGUUGUCCGUGAUUCUACCAAUUUAGAAGAUGCAGCCAGGUUGCUUCUGGAAACAAAAUUCCGAAGAUUACCAGUCGUGGAUGCUGAUGGAAAACUGAUUGGGAUCCUUACAAGGGGAAACGUUGUAAGGGCUGCGCUGCAGAUCAAACGGGAAACCGAGAACUCUACAUAGCUAGGAAGCAGCAGUGAUAAGGCAGAUCCCUUGAAUCUGCCAUAGUUAAUAGCGAAAUCUAUUUAUUCCAUUGAUAUAAGUAUAUAUAUGCACUCAUUCUCUGUUAAUUUUCGGCUCUCAGUAACAAUUCUUUUUGUUACUUUAGGAGUAACAUUUCUCAGACUCAGAACUGAAGACAAAUGGUAUAGCUUAUAUUUUAUUGUAGCACAAGUCUACUCUUAUCACCAAA